AUGGAUGACAGUCGUAACUACUCGCCUUGUACUACUGUCGCUUAUGUAGAGGGCGCGUGCACUGGGAACAACUACAACCAGCCAGUCCUGCAAAGCGGCUACUCGUACUCGUUACCAAAUUCUUCGACUGCCAAUCCUUGUUACUGUUCUUGGUCGUCUUAUAAUCUCAUGAUGGCCUGCACUCUAUGCCAAGAAGUUAAUGAUACUGCUGUCUGGAGGCAAGUCAUCCGUCUUUUGGCCUCAGUGGGCAUCGGAUGCACCACGAACCAAUCAUGGACUCAAGAAUAUUUCCCUUCUGGAUAUUUGCUUACUGGAGAUGCGUCCAUACCUUAUUGGGCUACUACUAAUCCGGCAAACUGGACAUACGAGACGUUCAAUAUCCUAAAUGCGAACACUACCUAUCAAAAUAAUAAUUCUAGCAUCACCCCGGGCGUCUCAUCGUCAUAUAGCGGUUCAGGUUCAAGCCCAUCUUCCAGCAGUUCAAGUUCAAGCUCGAAGUCAACUGAUGUGGGUGCGAUAGUUGGUGGCACCGUCGGAGGCGCAGCUGCACUCCUUUUUCUCGUCAUUGCCGCCUAUAUACUGUACAGACGCCACGUAUACAGGAAUGCCUCUGUUAUCAACCAACAAGGGACGACCUUUAUACCACAGUCAGGCACACACAACCGUAUCCCCUCCGAUACAUCCAACUUUUCUGCAUCAAUGUCAGGUUCUCUUGGGCUGUAUGGGCAGCCCGCCGUAUCUUCCUCGCAGCAAUAUGAGACUUCAUAUUCUCCACAACCUCAGACAGCAUACCCAUCUCUACAAGGCUCAUAUUCGCCUAUUCCACGGACAGAUAUGACCGUCUACACUACACAUUCUAGCAACGGCCGACCUGGUGAUGUCAUACCAAUGGUUUAA